GCGUGAGCGUGAGCCCGGCUACUGUAGACUUGCGAACAGUUCGGAGCCAGCGAGCGCGCGCCAGAGAGAGCGCGAGAGAGUGAAGGAGCGAGUGCGUGGGGACCUAGAGGAGACAGGGCGAGAAAGCGAGGGCCCGAGGAUCUACAAUUUGAGACUGAAUGACCAUGGCUGUCUCAGCACCUCCGGUGAUCUCUGCAACUUCCAGUGGCGCCGGCGUCCCAGGGGGCUUAUUUCGGGCCGAACCCUUGUACUCAACUCCUGGAGAGCCUCCUCGUCUUACCCCCAGUAUGAUCAACAGUUUCAUGGCCAAUAAUCACAGCGCUAGUGCCGGGGGUGGCGGGGUCGGGAGUGGCAGCGGAGGCAGCGGCAACACCAACACCAACGAGUGCAGGAUGGUCGACAUGCACGGGGUGAAGGUGGCUUCGUUCCUGAUGGACGGUCAGGAACUGAUCUGCCUACCGCAAGUCUUUGAUCUCUUCCUCAAGCACCUGGUGGGAGGGUUGCACACGGUGUACACCAAGCUGAAGAGACUGGACAUAUCCCCUGUGGUGUGUACUGUCGAGCAGGUCCGGAUCCUCCGCGGGCUGGGGGCCAUCCAGCCCGGGGUGAACCGCUGUAAACUCAUCACCAGGAAAGACUUCGAAACUUUGUUCACGGAUUGCACCAAUGCCAGAAGGAAGAGGCAAAUGACAAGAAAACAAGCUGUUAACAGUUCAAGGCCUGGCAGGCCUCCUAAGCGUUCUUUGGGAGUGUUGCAGGACAAUGCUCACCUUCUGCCCCAUUCAGUCCCAGGCCUCUUAUCACCAGGACUUAUCACUCCGACAGGAAUAACAGCUGCAGCAAUGGCUGAGGCGAUGAAGCUGCAGAAGAUGAAGCUUAUGGCUAUGAACACUCUUCAGGGAAAUGGAAGCCAAAAUGGGACGGAAUCAGAGCCUGAUGAUCUUAAUUCUAAUACAGGUGGAAGUGAAUCCUCAUGGGAUAAAGAUAAGAUGCAGUCUCCUCUUGCUGCUCCGGGACCCCAACAUGGAAUUGCUCAUGCAGCCCUGGCUGGCCAGCCAGGCCUUGGGGGUGCUCCUACCCUCAAUCCACUGCAGCAGAAUCACCUGCUGACCAAUAGACUGGAUCUGCCAUUUAUGAUGAUGCCUCAUCCCCUACUUCCAGUCAGCUUACCUCCUGCAUCAGUUGCCAUGGCAAUGAAUCAGAUGAACCAUCUCAAUACUAUUGCCAACAUGGCUGCUGCAGCCCAGAUUCACAGUCCACUCUCCAGAGCUGGGGCCUCUGUUAUAAAGGAACGGAUCCCAGAGAGUCCUUCUCCUGCUCCCUCUCUGGAAGAGAGUCACCGCCCAGGGAGCCAGACCUCCUCCCACCCCAGCAGCAGUGUGUCCAGCUCUCCCUCUCAGAUGGAUCACCAUUCAGAGAGAAUGGUUAUGAUGCCCAACAAUAGAGAUGAACUUAUUGUUGAUCAGCAUAAUGGACCAACCAUCAAAAAACUCCAAAGGGAUAAUAAAGAAGAAGUACCAGUUCAAAUCCCAAUGAUGAAAUCACCCUUGGACAAGAUCCAACUGACUCCUGGGCAGGCAUUGCCUCCUGGAUUCCCUGGACCAUUCAUUUUUGCUGAUAGUCUGUCCUCCGUGGAGACUCUGUUGACCAACAUUCAGGUCAACAAUAUUUCUAUAAACAAAAUAAAUGGUCUACUGAAAGUGGCUUUGGAUAAUGCUCGCAUCCAGGAGAAGCAGAUUCAGCAAGAAAAAAAGGAACUGCGAAUGGAGCUCUAUAGAGAGAGAGAAAUCAGAGAAACCCUUGAAAGACAACUCGCAGUUGAGCUUCAAAGCAGAACUACCAUGCAGAAGCGCCUGAAGAAGGAGAAAAAAGCCAAGAGAAAACUGCAGGAAGCCUUGGAAUUUGAAUCAAAGCGCAGGGAGCAAGUGGAGCAAGCACUUAAGCAAGCCACUACUAGUGACAGUGGUCUGAGGAUGUUGAAAGAUACUGGGAUUCCAGAUAUUGAAAUAGAAAACAAUGGGACUCCUCAUGAUAGUACUGCUAUGCAAGCCUGAACACUGAUGCCGGAACUCCAACUGAUCAUAGGCACGAAUAGGGUGCUGUAGCAGUUACCUGCUUAUCUAGUGUUGUCAUUCUUUAGAAUUCAUACUCAAAUUCUUAAAAUAUGGAACCUUCAAUUACUAUUUGUUUGUUACUGAUAAAUAGAAACUUGCACGAACAGGAAAAAUGUGCUAGAGAAUGGGCUUCACAAGUUUUUAGGGGAUAAUCAUAAUGAUGAUUGAACAUGAUACUUUACACUUCUAUAACCCCUUUCUUCCAUGGAGUUCAUAGUGCUUCAUAAACAUUAUCACAUUAAUCCACACAGCAUCCUAGUGGGGUAAGUAGGUGGAAGAAUUUUUAAGACAGAGAAAAUGCUAUUUCUAAAUGGUGUGACAGAAUUGAAAAUGCAGACACACCCACUUUAAGCUGUGAUUACUAUGAAAUAGCUUUAUAUUUGACUGACCUGGGAUUUAACAGGAAUUAUGUGAGGAGGUAAUUCAUUUGUGCAAAUGAUCAAUAUUUGUUAUCACUGGUUUGGAGCUCACCUUUCUAAAAGAAACACAUUGCUUGUCGUGUUCUCUAAGGGAAUAUAGAGAGCACUAGUUUGUAGAUUUUACCACACCUAGUUCUUCUUUUGAUCUGUUGAUGGUGGAGCAAGUCAUUUAAUCCCUUUCUCCUAGCGCAUUCCUUAUCUAUAAAGAAGGCAAUGAUAAAAACACACAUCCAAGCUACUAAACAUACCCCUUUUAUUCUUUUCUGCUUUCUUCCCAUCUUCAAUUCUGCUUCCUUUUUAUGAAGUUAUCAAUAAACAAUUUGACUGAAAAAUCUAUAGAAAUAAGAAAGGAGCAAGGCAGAUAUGAUGGGUCAGUCACAUCAUGGAUAUUUUCCACUGCUCACCUUCUGGUCUAGACAUGACCAGAUGCCUAAGAUGUUCCAGUGAUUAGAACAAAAUGAGUCAUUUGGCUUGAAUUGCCCAGGAAAUGGAUGGUCUCAAAUAUUUUGGGCUGUUUACUUAAUGGAGUAAGUAAGUAAAUUUGCCACCUGGCCAAAGGCUGGUGGCAAAUACCUGUCAUCAUUAUUUUCAUACCUCCUAAGAAUCUAAUAGAGCAGUUUUCUAAUGUGUUAAAUGGUACUCUAGUGAUGGAAAAAAUUUAAUGUCCCUCCUAAAGUUCCCUCCUUACACCAAGCAAAAUCUAAUUCAUUAUGUUAUUUUUACAUCUGCCCUGGAAUUAAGUUCUGAUGUGACAAAAGCAACAGUCAUCUUAUGCAAAAGGCCAACUGAGUUUUUAUCCAUUCUCCAAUAAUCAGUUCCCUGUGGCAGUAUAUGCAGUUUCUGCUGGAAUGGCCACCUACCCCACGCAUUUUUAAAUAUUACAUUAAUUAAUGUCAAUGUGACAUUCCAGUCAUUCCAUGCUCUGAAGGAAUUUCUUCUAAGGCACAGGCGUUUGGCUUCUGUUGCUGUCUGCAGACUUUAGAAGGUCUGCUUGUGUCAGUAGGUGUGCUGCUUUAACCUAAUUCAGUGAGAUAAUGCCAAACUAGAAAUAAGUCAUGGAGAAGGAUUGAGGCAAAUACAACUUUUAAAAAUUUUAUUAAUACUAAAUAUCUGAAUAAAGUAACAAAGAAGUGUGACUAAAAAUAUAACAUCCAAAAAUGUCUCAUUAUUUAAUAGUCAAAGAGCAUAUAUUGAACUAGAGGGGAAAUUGAACAGCUUUUUCAAAUUACGUAAGUCACUUAAAAACAAACUACUGUCUUUUUACAAAUAGAUAUGUUUAAUUAACUUUGGUUGAACUAUAUGGAAUCCUCAUGUGUUUUCUUCUGACCUUUUCUCACAUAUCUGCCUUCUUUAUGACACCUGAUUUUAGGUUUUUCGUUUUCAUAAGCUUCAGAUGUAUACCACAGAAGGCGUGUCUCACACUUACUUGAGUUUGAAAUAGUCAGGUGUGGCCCUUUAAAAAUAACUGAUCAACAGAGGCUCAUCUCCUGCAUGGAGGGGGCUGCACCAGACUCCUAUGCCAGGGGCUAUGCCCAUGUCAGGCCGUGCUGUGCUAAGAGAAGGACUGUAUGGGCCUUCGUUUUUAUUUUUAAAAUGGUCACAAUUUGUGUGUAUUGAAUUCCUCCUUUUACUUAUCUGAUAAAUCUUAAAGCAAUAAACUCUGUCAGCUCUCCCCAAAUGUCCGUGUGUGUCACUCCUUGUAAGUUCCCAAGCUCCCUAACAUUCCUCUGGAGAGGCUUUGUUCGUUGCUCUUCCUGAUCUUUAAUCUUGUUUACAUCCAGAAUGCAUAUUAGAUCAUCUCUGUUUGGAGCUCAAGUACAAACCCUCUUAAAAACAUGAAACAUUCAAUUACUAAUUAGCUGUUUCCUGUUUCUAAUGAAGUGAGCAUGCCAGAUUUGGAUUAAAAUUCAGCUACUGCUCUCCUCUGUUUAUGGUUCCAGAUGUUUUUGUUUUAUCUAGGAGUUUACUUUGACAGCUGCUGCUAAAUGAUAAAUCACUCAUAUUAUAUCUGAAAUGCAUUUUGAAAUUGAAAUGUGGCAAACUUUGAGAUUGCUCCAAGGAUCAGUGUCAGUUAGCAGGUCAAUAUUGGCUCUUCCUUAUGAUCACUCAGUAUUGGCAUAUGUAAAACAGUAACAGAAUCUGUGUCAACAUUAUACGGCAUGCUACACAAGAGUCUAUUUUGCUACUAUCUAAAUUAGGAGGAAAAGUUUUACUGCAACGAAAUCUCUAUUGUAUUCUGGGUAGAAAAAUUGAUUCAUAUUAAUAGUGUCUUCUUGCUGGCGUAGUUUUUCUUUGUCUUUUCGAGCUGCUGUGGAAACAGUUCCAGAUAGGCCUUGUAAACUGGCACAUUUCAUGAAGGGUGUGGGCAGAUAUGUUUGUCUUUUUUAAUAAAGACAAUAAUUAAACAUAAUAAAAGAAACAGAUUUUUCAGACAUUACAUUUUUCUAAAAGACAAAUGGUGAUUGCUUUUGCCAUUUGUUACUGUGUUUAUGUACCUUUUUUUACAGGGUAUUAUUUUUUUUUUUGCCGUUGCUUUCAAGUCUGUAACAUCCACAAUUUAUAUUGCAUGAUUUUAAGCUUUAGCUAUAUUGUAUAAAUUUCAAUCCUGUUGAAAUGACUGUCUGCCAUUUGAUGUUGAAGAGCUUUCUUUUGACAUUUAGACUGUGUAUACAGAGAAUGAGGUAGACUGGAAAACUGAGCAACUAUCUGGUGAAUUUUAUCAGAAUAAAUAUUCUCAGAUGCCACAAAGGAGUCUGAGCAAUUCUCUGGGGUGACAGACUACUAGAUAGUUUCCAAAAAUUCAAGCUUUGUUUUCUUCUGGUCCCUGGAAAAGUUCAGAUGAAUUCCAUGGGCUCUUUGGCAAAAUGUCUGGUUGCCCUUUAAUGGAGUUUGACCUGACCUCCAGGUCAUCUGACUAACAUAGACUCAAAUUCUUUUAUUCUUCCGUUACUUUAUCACAUCUUUAUUUUUGCUUCUGAGGUAUUAUCCAGAAAAUUCCACUGACUCGCCAUGAUACCUUUGACACAGAAAGAAUAAACAUUUUAAAACUUUUAUACACAAGACUUGAAAAGGGUAUAUUUUCCUUCUAACAAUGCUAAGCUUUGACUAGACUAAAUUAAUAUUUUAGACUAGCCAUAUCAGUCCAACAGUGAUAAUGUGCUCUCCUUUAUAUGUGAAGAUGAUACAUUUGACUCACAAACAUAGACUUUAAGUGUUUCUUAAGCAUGGGUGAUGGAUUUGUACUGAUCAUCCACACUUUCUUUCCUCAUUCUUCUUUUGUGACCAAAGGCCAAUUUUUAUGAGGUAGUUGGAUAGAGACUCGGGCCGUAAGCCAUGGCUACGGAAAAGAGCAAGUUUAGGCAAAAAGAGGUGGAAUCAUAUUUUGAAAAUUGUUUCCAACUAUAAUUUUUACCCACACCAUCAAAUGUUUUCUAACUCUGGGAUGGUAUGAAUUCUUUUGAUUACCAACGGUGAAAUAGAUACUCGUUUGACCAAACACUAUGGUUAAAAUGAUAUUCGGAACUAGUCUCCCUUCAUGCAGUAUACACAGUCUCAGGUUUAACCGGGGGAGAGGAAAUUCUAAAUGUCCAAAACUGUCAUUGCCUUAGAUCAUAACCAGAUCAUAACUCCUUUCUCCCUGUUUUGGUAAACCAUAGGCAUCUUAAACAUACCAUUAUAUACAAAAGGAAGAGUAAUGUAGAUAACUAUAGACAUGAUAGUUUAUGAAGAGUCUCAUCAGUCUUCGGUGUCUUCAGUGCUGUGGAAAGAACAGAAGCUGUCGCAUGAAACUUGAAGGAUCUUUGAAAACUGACACAUUAACAUAUAGAAAUGUUAAGAAAUUUUAAGUUUUACCGAUACUAAAUCAAGCCUGUUACAUCAGAUCAUUUAAGUUCCCGAAGAUAGAAGUUUAGUAUUUUUAAGCACGUAUCAGAAUUAUCCCUCAGAAGAACUAACUUGUUUUCUUUUUUUUAAAGGAGGUAACUAUUACUGUUUAGCAAUGGCACAACAGUUUUAUUCGGCCUGAAAGGUCUUCGC